CUGAAAACUGAAAGCUGUUUAACUGACAGAAUAUGGAGUGUUUGUUACACAAAUAUUAUAGUUAUAAUGUGUGAAAUUAUUUGCAUUGAUCAAAUAUAACAAAGAAAAAAGUGUAAUGUGAGGAUGAAGUUUGAAGCCAUCGUCAUAGUGAUUCUUAGCGGUAUAGUAUUCGGUAUGCGACGCGGCCCGCACCACCCGCACGGGCAUGGCGUGGAGCAAGCACACCACCACUACGUACCAAGGGGCACGGAGAAGCUCACCCGAGAAUCAAAGCUCCUUCAUGACACCAAACAUAUUGAAGAGGAUGUAAAAGAAUUGACUCCAGAAUUAUUGGCUAACAUGACCCCGGAGGAAUUGGAAUUCCAUUAUUUUUCAGCACAUGACUUUGACAGGAACUCUAUGUUGGACGGUCUGGAAAUGCUGAAGGCAGUGUAUCAUACAAUGGAACACGAGCCUCUACCAGAUGUUGAGUCUUCCAUAGAGCCAGAAGCUAAUAGCAUUGCGACGUGUAUUGCGAUAGUAGACCGUACUCUAGAGACGGAUGACACCGACGGGGAUGGGUACGUUUCGUACGCGGAGUACCGCGCCGCACGGCUUAGCAACCCCACGGAGAGGACGCCCAGGGUUGUGGCCGCUGGCUCUAUAUAGCAUAGGGCCGCGAUUCUAUGGAAUCUUCUAUAGAACUAAGUACAUUGGUAUAUCUUAUCGCAAGGCUUGCCCUGCUCGCCCCGCGCCGUGGCCACCUGGAUGCCGCGCGAUACGUUCUCGUAUGGUUCCAAAUCGAUACUGUUCCUGAAAUACAUUUAUUUACCGUUUGUUAAUUUGUGAGAGUUAAAGACAAUAAAGGGUGUGUGGUG